AAUUUUUGUGGAGCAGUCAUGUCGUCCAUCUUUAUACUUGCCUCUAGUCUUUGCUUCAAAACGGCAGUUCACAAACCAAUGGGCGACGUCACUGUGGGUUGCCACUUCGUCCUGAGCGCGUCCUGAUCGCUGAGAGGUUGUCCUCACAGGAACAGCUCUGAGCAGCAGACAGCAGAGGAGACCGAACAGGAGACAGGGGCGACACCAGGGACUUCUCAGAGAAGAGACUGUCUGUCAGUCACCGACACUGGCGCGUGGAAUACAGCAGCUGCAAAGUUUACGGCUAUUUUUGCAACAUCUGGCCCUUUCCCGGGCUUCAGCUGAGGCGAGCACGACAUUUAAUCCAGCACCAUAAAUCCAAAGGUCGCUAUGGUGAACAAUAGAGUGGAUGCGCCUGCUGUUGCUGUAAUGGGCAUCGGCAUCGGAACAGCAGGCAGGACGUGUGCAGGAUGUGGAAAUCGAAUCGCUGACCGCUUCCUGCUUUUCUCCAUGGAGCGAUACUGGCACACGCGCUGCCUCAAGUGCUCAUGCUGCCACGCUCAGCUGGGAGAGUACAGCAGCACCUGUUACAGCAAAGGAGGAAUGAUCCUCUGUAAGAAUGACUACAUCAGGCUGUUCGGACACAGUGGGGCCUGUAGUGCUUGUGGACUGUCUAUACCUGCCAGUGAGAUGGUGAUGCGAGUUCAAGGCAACGUUUACCACCUUAAAUGUUUUACCUGUGCGACUUGUAGGAACCGCCUGGUCCCAGGUGAUCAUUUUCACUACGUCAAUGGGACUAUCUUCUGUGAGCAUGACCGACCAGGAGGACACAGUGGACACCCAACUUCACUGCAGAGCAACAGCAUGAUGUCUGAUCAGAAGGUGUGCUGAGAGAGGCAAUGGAAAAACCAAAUGUGUGCCUUCUCCUCCACCUUCCUCCUCCGUCACUUCUUCACCCUCCUUCACACUGUGUAUCCUGCCGUUGACAGACCUUCCUCCAUCCUGAUGGACAUUUACUUCACAGUCUGGACUGGUUUAGGCUUCAACUUUCCAACAGCAACUUGUCUGUGUAGGUGGACUGUGAAUCUGGACACGUACUGUGUGCUCUUGGCAGUUGGAAAUUAUUUAUUCUUUUGGCUGUUGUUUAUUGUGAACUGUGAGUGUCAAGAACUAUCAUUGCAAAUGGGGGAGACAUUGAAGCCUUAUAACUCAAUGUGACUCCUGUAGGAGGUGAAUUUUUUUAAUCCAAAAUAACAGACCACACUUGUACUUGGAACAGUUUUUGUAUUAUUUUGAUUCUUGAGGUGUGAUUCCAACUACUUUAUGUUUCCCUCCAUACACAAGCAAGGCUGUCAGACAUGAACUCCGGAUCUUAUAUUAAUUAAAAAAACGUAGGUUUUGGUAACUGCUUUUCUUACCAUAGACAGAAGUAGCCUUUUUACCCAGAAUCACCUCAUUAAAAUAACAAUAUGUUAUAGUUUGUUUAUAUUGGAAAUUCUCACAUUGUGGCUGGGGCCUUUAUUUACGAACAUGAUGGACAGAAAAAUGUCUUCAUUAGAGACAGCUCUUUAUAUCUGAAAUAGUUAAUUAUCACUGUAGUAGGCUCCAGGUAUUUAUUUCCCCCCUCAUUGUAUUUUACUCAGCUGGCUUUAUUUGUUUGUGUUGGCCACUACUAUUUGAAACAUGUUAAUUAAUAAAACACCAAAUUCUAUAUUAUUAUUUAUGAUAAUAUUAUCAACAAUCCUUUUCCAAAGUGUGUCAUUGGAUUUUAGAUGGAUUUACUAUCUUUCAGUUGAACAUUGAAUUUUUUAACGAGUUCAAAACAAUAUGAAGCUGAAUUGAGAGAGAUGAAGCUGGAACAUAGUAGGUUAUUCAUCCCAAUCAAUAAUUAAACAAUUACUGGAAGGUACAAACUGGAGUCUAAUUUUGGAAUAUUUGCUUUUACAUGGAUGGAUUAACAUGAAAUCUAGAUCAGACACCCGUGUUCCCCUAAGGAUGAAUUGUCAAAGCUUUCAUGUUCUGGCUUUUCACAUCGUCAGGUCAAAUAUUAAGCCUCAAAUUUACAUGAAUUCAUAUGUCAGUAAUCUGAAGCCAGCGAACUCCAAGGUAACAUUAGCUCUAUUUUGUAUGUUAUUGUUUUAUGCUUUAUUUACCAAAGCCUGUGAUCUCAAUACUUAAGGCUUUUGGGAAAAUGAUCUUACAUUUGUACACAUUUAUUCAGGUGUGAUACAGUGUGGUUGCAAAUCAACUACAGAAAUACAGGGCUAAGAAAAUCAAGGCUGUCUCACCAUAAGAAAAAAUACUUUCUUUUCAUUAUUAUGUACAUGCUUUUCUUCAGAUGUUGAUGAAAGUUCGUCAUUUAUGCAUUUAAGGUUUAACAGUGUUUAUAAUUGUGUUUUGAAAGACUGUUCCACAAGAGAUUUAGCAGCAGUGACAUGUGCUGUAUACUCUAAAUGUUCAUUGCUGUGCAAAUCAUGUCUUUACUUUGAAAACUACUGUACGAGUGAAGGAGGGUUGAGAUGAAAUGUUUGAGUGCACUAAUAUCCUGCUGAGUUGUGUGCUACAGUAUAUGAAACAUAUAUGAUGUGUUUUCUUUUUCAAUCAAGUCAAAAUGGAUUGCUCCAAACUUGGAAAGAAAAUGAGACCUCUCAGAAGAGCUGUCUUGUGAGUGAUAAGGAUGAUUUGACUAAAGUUACAGUGAGAGUUACAGAUAAAUGCUUCAGACUGAGGAGUAAGUAAGGAAGGCUUUGGGUUCUCAGACAAACAUGGCUGAUUACCCACAGGAAUGGGAUUUCAAAGGCCUGGGCCGAGGCCAUUACAGACGCAAUUAAAGUUGGAUGCGCUGGAGGCCUGCAACGACUUUAGCUGCACUCCAGUUUUUCAGCCUAAUGAGGCCUAAUCUGGUGAGGUGGUCCAAUUAAAAGGUAGGGAGCGCUUUCCUAUGAGCAUGCAGCAGUUCGUGCUCUCUAGCUUACUGAGGGGCAAACGUACAAGAGAGAAUAUGCUUUUUUUGUUUUCAAUCAUAUGCGUCUUUUUAAAUUAAAACAUUCAACUUGACAUUUUUAACAAGUAUGCUGGUGUCUGGUCUUGCUAAGGUCUCUGCUCUGGUUUGUUAUGUUUGCUUUUUGUCCUGAAAUGCAACUUUAAAUUUGCCCCCCUUUUUUUUACAUGGAUAUUUGGCAUGGAAACUAUGAGAUCAUCUCCACGCUAAUUAUAGGGUCCCUCCUUUUCCAUAUUGUUUGUGUGGCUUUCUACUCAGCAGAGUCAAAGGCAUAAGUGAAAUGCAGGAUGGGUAGAGGCACACAUGAGUAGCCAGCUGUGACUCUUCAAAUGAAUAGGCCUGGAGAACUCAGCAGCUCCUCUCACAGGGUUAGUCCAAUUAGCUUCACAUUCACGGCAACGAUGAAGCUUUUAAUGGUUGUCUUUCAAAGUGCCCUUUUAUAAUGAUGGAGGGUGAGGACAUUCCUCUGGUUUUUCAGUGAGGACACAGAACCUGAGUCACACCAUUUCCCCUUCAAGGCUUUUGUUUUUUUUAGUUCACCAGGCUGUGGCAUUAGACCACUGGUAAAGGUUUUACAAAAUAAACAAUGAAUGAAAAUAACAGGUUCCAGUUUUAGAGUAUUUUUAAGGCUUAAUCACAAAUAUUUUCUCAUAGUCUGGAUAUUUUUCUGUUGAGUUUUUGUCGGCAGUAAUUUCUGUUGCAGAAAAAGAUGCUUUUGCAUUAUAUUCAACUAAGGCCAGAUACUCACCUGAGCAGUGACAUUCUCAAUUUGCACAGUUAGGUUCUACAGAUGGAAAUAUCAUCUGGUCCACCUCAUUCAGUAUCUCGAAACUAAAUUGCUUUGUAGUUUGGAUGAAUGGAUGGAGAUGACAAUUUGCUCAGAUACAUGGUUUCCAGGUUUAGUUUCUUAAUUAAUUAGAAGAUUCAAAGACUUUAAUAUUGAGAUAUCAUUUCUUUUCAAUUUAUCCAGUAUUUGUGGUUUGUAAAACAAAUGAUUUAUUUAUUUGUGUGUGAUUCUAAUUUUAAAUUGGCACAUCAAGCCCCUGUCUGCCACUAUACUGUUCUCAUUUAGAAAACAAUGAUAUCAAAAACGUACCAUAAAGAUGCUAGAAUUGAGUUUUGAAGUGUACUGCCUUCAUUUUUAUCAGAACAUGAAUGUGUUAGCAUGGCACUUUAAAAUAAAAUAAUACAUGAGUUGUAAGAAGAAGAAA